AUGGAUUCUAAAAUUCCAAUACACGAUCACGACGAUGAACCGGCUCCCCCAUCAUACAUCGACUCUCUGUCAUCAUCGUCGGUAGCUCCUGCAGCAUCGAAGACUUCGGGACCUUCCGUCCUCCCAUCUACGUCCACCUCCUACGGUACCCAAAUUCAAUCGCAGUUGAACCACCUCAGAACCCAAUUCAGCUCCAUCCAAACCCAGAAGUCUCUUCUCGAGCAAGCACAAGAAGAGAAGAUUCUUUCUCUCCUUACAGCUCAAAUUCAACUUUAUCUAUCCGAGUUUGCAAACACAGGUUUGAGAAAAGGAACAUUGCUGUUGAUCCCAGCACACUGUGUCCAAAACGAAAAGGCACAACCGCUGGAGUUUGAUAGAGAAAAUCCCGGAUAUGACGUGUGUGUGGAGAUAGGAGACAAGGAGAGUCUUAAUGGUGGAUCGUGGUUCUGGGAGGAUGAAGACAUGGCAAAACGACUAGUAAAGGCUUUGAAACCUCGUCCAGAGCUACCUUCCAGACAAGUCGUUGCGAAAAAGGAUUCUCAUAAGGUCGCUCCCAGCCCAGCAGGAAAUAUCAGCAGAUUUUGGGGCAGGAAGUCGAGUUCGAAGAGUGACGAAAAACCGGUGUUGGUCGAGGACGUGAAAGUUAGUUCAACUAUUCUGGAGCCGAGGGAUGAAGUACAUAUGAAAGUGGAUGCAGAAGAGGUUGUUUUUGAAUAUGAAAAUAGUUUUGGCCUUUUUGAAACCCAACGAGGAUAUGGUAUCAUACUUCAUUUCACAAUUAUCAGCACCAGAGAGUAG